AUGAAUCAGGUAAAGUAUAAAGAUAGUCUAAGUGGCCUUAAAUCUUUGCAAGAAGAGCAAACAGCAAUUUUAGAAGGAUCAUUUAUAUAUUCGACUAGCUCUUCAUUAGAAAAUGUUACUGUUAAAGAAUAG